UCUCUCUCAAUCUCAAUAUCAAUCUCUCUUCCUUCUUAAAGCCUCAUUACAUAUAAUUCAUUUCUUUUUUAUUUACUUUUAUUUUUUUUUUUUUUUGUUUUUAUCUCACACUUAAUUCAUACUAUCGUUCUCCCUUUGAAUUUUCCCUUUCUUUCCGUUUUCCUUUUUUCUUUUCUUUUUUCUUUCAUUUUUUUUUCUUUUUUUUUUUUUUUUUCUUUUUUUAUUCCUCUUUGCCUCCUUCCUUCUUUUCUCUCUCCUUUUAUUCCUUCGAAAAUAUAUUCCUUCGGCUUGUCUCUUUAUUAUCACGAUAAAUAGAUUUUCUCGACAAACCGAAGCUAAAGAGAUAGAGAUAUAGAUAGAUAGAUAGAUAGAUAGAUAGUUGGAUGGAUGGAUGGAUGGAUGGAUAGAUGGAUGGAUGGUUAGAUGGAUAUAGAGGGAGAUAGUGAAAGAGAGCAAGAAGUGAGAGUGAGAAAGCGCGAAAAUUCGUUGGAAAUCCGACGACAUUGACAACGUCAAGAAGAAGAAGAACAAGAAGAGAAGGAAUAGAAAGAAGAAGAAGAAGAAGAAAAAGAAGAAGAAAAAGAAGGAUAAGAAUAAAAAGAAGAAGGAUUUUAAAGGAGUGGUCGAUGCAAUUAUUGCGACGGAUAAUAGGAAGAGAGGAUAAAUAAAACGAAACGAACAUACAUAUAACAAGUAUCGUCGUAUUGAUACGAAGUAUAACGAAGUAUACCGAAGUAUACGAAGAAUUUCUUGUUAAACGGUGAUGUCAAGGUCGAUGUGCUUCGAAGGAUUCGCGACAAGGCGUGCCGCCGAUUCGUGAUACAUUUAACCUGUCGUUAUUUCCAAAACGACACACGAUCUCUACGAUCGUGUUGUACGUCUUUUUUUCUUUUCUUUCCUCUUUCCCUUCCUCGUUUUUUUAUUUAUUUAUUAUUUUUUUUUUCUUUUUAUUUUUUUUUUUUUUUUUAUUUUUUUUUCUUUCAAACGAAAGAAGGAAGGAGUGGAAGGAAGGACCAUCCUUUGGCUGCUUUGAUUCGCGCUUUUUCUUUUUGUCCUUUACGAAUUUUGCGAACGAAAUGUAUGGUGUCAUGUGUUACGAAAGUUUUCGUUUUAUCGUACGCGAUUUAUUUAGUUAACGUUAUAAGUUCUUUUUUUCUUUAUUUCUUUUUUUUUUUCUUUUUUUAAACGAAGAAAUUCUACGCGAAGGACGGACGGAAGGAUUCGUUCGCUCGCGAUCCUUCGACAAAAUAUAAAUUAACGCAACGUCAGACAAUCAUCGAUAAAGGAUUAUAUAUUCUUCUGGAAGAUCGUAAGAGAUAGGAAAGAAGAGAAGAGAAAAAAAAUAAACAAAAAGAAAAUUUAAAUAAAAUAAAUCGAAGAACGACAAAGGAAAGGGAAAGGAAAGGAAAAAAGAAAAUACGUAUUUUGUAUAAUACGUAUGACGUUUAAGCGGUGUGCGUGAGUGCGCGCGCGUGUGUGUGUUUAUAUGAGAAAGAAGCGAGCGUGGUAAACACGCCCAUAAAGUGGAACGAGGGAGAUUGGCGGUGGUGGCAACGUCGGCGACGGCGACGUGGGGGGGGGGGGACGCACAGAGGUGGAUCUUGAAUUUGGCUGCCAGUAGGACAUCGGCGGUCGUGAGGAACGGACGCGAGUAGAAGGUGAAGGAGAAAGGACGAAGAGAGAAUAAGAAGAGGAGAGGAAAUAUUUAUUAUAAUAUAAUACUCUCUCUUCAUAACGAUUAAUUACGAGAUAUACUGUUGUUCUUAUCUCAAACAAUCGUAUUAUUAUUUAUUAUUACGCCGAUACGUUGCGAACGUUUCUUCGAUUUCUUUUUUUUCCUUUUGUGUUCAUUUAACUAAAUAUCAGUGUUAUUAGAUUACAUAAAUCACGACGAAAUCGUUACGGAUAUUUUUAACAAAGAUCGAUCAAUUGAUAUCGAUCGUUUGAUCGAUCGAUCGAGUGUCUCCUCGUCGUUAUCUCAUCUGUGUGCAGUGUACGUGCGUGUGGUGUGUCCUCCGUGCGCUCGUUCCUUCGUUCGUGAAUUUGUGCGUUUGUUGGAAGGAGUGCGCACGAAAGAAGAAGGAAGGACAUUUUAUAUUAUCAUUUUCAAUAUUAUCAUCGAUUGUGAUCAUUCAAGACAGUGGCUUUUAUUUUUCUUUUCUUUUCUUUUCUUUUCUUUUCUUUUCUUUUCUUUUUCUCUCCUUUCACUCUGUGUCGCGCGUCGUCCCUUCGAUAAAUGAGAUUUUUCUAUCGAAGAGAAAAUCAAGCGGACGAAGUUCGUUAUCGUCGAUUAUAAAAGAACGACGACGACGACAACGACGACGACAUCAUCAUCAAUUUUUUACCAUAGGAAUUAUAUUUCUGUGCUACGGUCACACGUCUAUGUGUUUAUCAUAGUGUUUCAUCAUAUAAAACGUUCUUGGACAUGAAAUUAAAUUAUCCGGACGUCAUGCCAAUUACGAGGAUCAUCGUUUUCUUCGCCCUAUGCAUCGCGCCUAUCGCAAAAGCAGGCGAGGGUGCCCAAUAUUUUCGUUUCAAGCCUAGAAAUAGUUCCGUGCUUGAACGUGGCGAGGUGAUAAUACCCUGCGAGGUCGAGAAUAGGGUCGGCAUCGUUCAGUGGGUCAAAGACGGCUUUGCUUACGUCGUACAACCGAUGAGUGGCCAGAUCGUUGGUCAUCCGAGAUUAAGACUGAUCGGCGAUCAAAAUGCAGGAGUUUAUAAUCUUCAAAUUACCGAUGCAUCCUUAACCGACGAUGGAGAAUAUCAGUGUCAGGUUGGACCACAUAUACGCGUCAAGCCGAUCCGUGCGAACGCUCAUCUCACCGUUAUCUCGCCACCGCAAAAGGUCGAGAUAAGUAGUCACAUGUAUAAGAAAAAAAUGGAUGGGGGAAGUGGUCAUUCGAGUAAGAAAAAAAUCGAAGUAAAAGUUGGAGAAUCGACGCGUUUGGAAUGCGUCGUAAGAUCGGCUAAACCAGCUGCUACGAUUGUUUGGUAUCGUGGAAACGUUCAAAUCAAAGGCGGCGAUACCAGUAUUACGCCGAUAUCAAUCGAGGGUGACAAGGAGAUGCUGAAGCCCGGUUUGAUAACGAAGAAACUUCUCAAAUACGAUACCCAUGGAUCUAUCACGAUCGUCCCCACCGCCGACGAUGAUGAGAUGGAUUAUACCUGCGAAGCCAAUCAUCCAGCAAUUCCCAUUAAUCGUCCGAUGCGGGCGACCAUCAAACUCUCCGUUUUCUAUCCACCAGGCAUGCCGUACAUCGAGGGUUACACAGAGGGUGAAACCGUACAACGCGAUCAACAAGUGGAGCUCACCUGUCGAUCGAGGGGUGGAAAUCCACCUGCCCAAAUCGUUUGGUUUAGAAAUGACCAACAAGUCACGACGGAAUAUCGUUCAGAAGGUAGCCUAUCGGAGAGUAUAUUAUCGUUCAAGGCUAUGGCACAAGACGACAAGGCACGAUACAGAUGCGAGGUGUCCAAUAUCAUGAGCGUUGAACCCAUGAAAGUCCACGUUGACCUCACUGUACUUUUCGUACCAGCGGGCGUGAUAAUCACCGGGCCGACCGAAGCAAAGGCAGGCGAACAAGUAGUGAUUACUUGCACAACAGAGAACUCAAACCCACCGGCGGAUAUAAAGUGGUCGGUAGACGGUCGGAACUUUGAGAAUAGCACGUCGAAAACAGAACCAGCGUCUCAGGGUGGUUGGAUCACAACUUCGAAUGUGACUUUCAGUAUAAAUCACAAGAGUAGAAGCAUCGUUGUUAUCUGCCACGCGUCGAAUGCGAAACUUGCUGAGAACGUGGUUGGCACACAUACUAUCAAUGUCAUCUAUCCACCCUCGAACCUCUUCGUCACUGGUUAUGAAGAGGGUACAACUAUAGACGCCGGCACGGUAUUAAGACUUCAAUGCACAGCCACCGCUGGUAAUCCACUGGCAACUCUGACGUGGUAUAAAAACGAUAGAAAGAUUCUUGGUACUUCUAGAACGAGAGAUCAAGCUGUAUCCAGUGAAUUAGCGAUACUCGUUAACGCAUCGGAUAACAACGCACACGUUAGAUGCGAAGCAACCAAUUCGGCAACCGAGAUACCACUGAUGAAAACAUUGAUAUUGAAAGUCAAUUUUCCACCCGAAAAAGUGAAGAUCACGCGAGACCCGCAGGAUUUUCAUGCAGGUCAGGAAGGUCGUAUUAUAUGCGAAUCGAGCAGUAGCAAUCCAGCGGCCGAAAUGUCAUGGUGGAAGGGUGGAAUAUCGGUACCGUCGACGAAAAAUGGUACCAAACCUGGUCUACACGGUGGUUACCUAUCUUACGUGGAAUUGUCAUUGGAUUUAACCGAGGAGAUGAAUUGCGAGGUUUACACCUGUCAAGCUAGGAACGCUCAAAUGGAAAGAUCGAUACACGACGCUAUAACGUUACACGUUUUAUAUAAGCCAAUAUUUUCAACACUGGAUCCUUACGAAUUAACCGGUAUGGAAGGUGAACCAUUCGUAAUAUCCGUAUCAGCAACCGGAAAUCCUAAUUUGAUAACUUAUACAUGGACGAGAGAUGGUUUACCAUUGAGUAGUAGCGGUAAAAGGAUAACCGCACGUGGUCCAACAUUGAAUAUAACAAAAUUGGAACGUUACGACGCAGGAACUUAUACGUGCGAAGCCAUCAACGAGGAAGGGACUACGUUUUAUCCAUUGAAUUUGACCGUCCAAUAUCCGGCGAAAAUUUUACGAACGUCAAUGUCCGGCACCGUAUAUCCACCUGGAAUCGAGGCUAAAUUGUUUUGCGAGGUCGAUGGUAGCCCGAUAGGUGACGAAUACGUGACCUGGCAGAAAGUAGGCUCAAAUACAGAAUUACCAGGAAGAUAUUCAACGUCUUUUGCAAACAAAACGUCGUAUCUUCAUAUCGAACAUCCGGAUCAGGAAGACGUUGGGGAAUAUCGGUGCAAAGUUAACAAUGGAAUUGGCAAUGCCACCUCUAAACCGAUUUUAUUCAUAACCAAUUUUAAACCGGAGAUGAUGAAUACACCGCUUACGAGAAAGGCAGCGGCAAAUAAAGGAAUAAAUGCGCCGUUAUAUUGUAAAGCACGUGGAUCCCCAUUGCCACGUUUCACGUGGAUUUUCAACGGUAGAACAUUAUUGCCUAACGCGACGGAACACAAAUAUAGCAUAACUCAUAGCGACUUGUCCGAAUUAACGUCCGAGUCAACGUUGACGAUAUUCCACGUGAAGUCUCACGAUUACGGGAAAUAUGAGUGUCGUGCGGAAAAUAAAAUGGGCCAAUCGAUCGAUACAAUACAUUUGGAUGUAACGUCACCGCCUGACAAACCCUCAGAUUUGGAGGUUUACAAUGUUACCCAUGAUUCCGUAACGUUGACCUGGAAAAGGGGAUUCGAUGGUGGCUUACCAACGUCACAUCAAAUAAGAUGGAGACAAGCGUUGGAUUAUGAGAGCCGUUAUAGAUAUUUAGAUGUUUUACCGGGCGAAUAUAAAGCUGUAAUAUGCGGCUUAACACUCGGAACAUAUUACGUUUUUAGCGUGAAAGCUAUAAACGAAAAGGGCGAAAGCAGUUUUUUGCCCGAUCUUGUCAAGGUCCAAACAUUACGACCGAAUAACGUGGAAAACCUGCCAGACGUCCUCUUGGAAAGAGGGGACUUCCCAAUGAAUUAUAUCUAUACGUUCGCAGCAACCUCCGCCAUCUUUUUUAUCGUUAAUCUCUUCAUCAUGUUGUGGUACAUUGUGCGAAAGCGAAAUAAAGCUCGAUUAAACAAGUCGCAGACAGCUGAUAUGUAUGCCCCAUCGACCGUCAACGGUGAUACUAUGACCGGCGAAUUAAGUUCCGUGUCCGAUGAGAAGAGCGACGUUAACUUCGACGCUAAUGAUUACGUGGACGAAGGACGAAAGACUGCAGCUAGUACAUAUUUAAUCGAUCAAACUAUGCAGGAUUUCGGGAAGGGUAGUUUAGAGAUGCAGGUACAUCAUCAAGGGACACUCGGUCGUCGAGGUAACCACGUGCCAGUAAUGAGUAUGGAUUCACCACCACAAAGAACAACAGCCAGUGGGACACUCUCGGUUUCGAAGUCGAGUUACAUCGGGAAUCCAAGUCCUGCGCCGCCCAACGACGUAAGCUUCUACAGUGUGGAAAUGGACAACGGCCGUUAUAUGGGAUAUGAGCCGAAUUCGAGCCCGGCACCGACAAUGGGCGAUCCGGGCUCGGGCAAUUAUUACCCUACCAUGCCAACAACGGGGGGACAUACGGGGCAACAUGCGAGCGCUGGUGGAACGGGUACGUUGACGCGUACCAGAACACUACCGCGCCCUGUACCACCCCCGGAUGUUACCGUGAUGACGGCGGGUACGAAAUCACUGAUACCACCCUCCGUACCACCGCCGCCGGCUACGUUUGCACGUGCGAACAACAACGGUGCACACAAUCAUGGUCACCCAUUAUCAACGUUCACACCGACGCCGGCCUAUUCCGACAUUGACGGCCAUCUUGUCUGAGGCUCACCGAUAUUCGGCCCAAGUUCGGUACGUGGUAAAUACCAUGCCGUACCUAGGGACGAAACAAGUUUGCCCGUAACCGAAAGGAGCACGCGACUUUAGGCACGGGCCUAAUAAAUAAAUAUUAUUUCAUUAAGAGACGAACUGAAAUUGGUCAGUAAUCUUAAAGAAAA